GGGCUUUCCUUUCUCCUUGCCCUUAUCGUGUUUCCCUAGCUCUUCACUAGAAAAUUUUGCCUUCAUGUUCCCUAGCUUGCACCCAGCCUCUUUUUGCUAAGAAUAAGGCGAGAUUUAGCAUUUUUCCUCCUUCUCCUAGCAACAUAUAGAGAUUAAUAGGCUUAUAAUUCUCAAAAAUCAUGAACAAUAUUUUAGAUCUGGGUUGUUGCACCCUCCCAUCUGCUGAUCUAUUUUGGGUUGUUGUCCAUCACCAUUUUCGGCACUUUUUGGUGAAAACUUUGCUGCAAUUUUGGAUCCCGCAAGUGGACUGAGCUGGCAGCCCAACCUAUUGUCACUAUUUCAACCAUAACUUCCUUUGUAGAUGUUGGUUUAAGGUAAUUCUUGAUCCUAUAGAACGCUAACACAUAGGGCUACAUUUAUCUUUUAGCCAUUCAGACCAAAUUGGUCAAUUUCUGGGUGAAAAUUCUAGUGGAAUGUCCACUUCGAAAAUUUACCCAAACUUUCCUAAAAAGUUAUUGUGUUUUCUGCUUUACUCUCACAUUCCUACUACCAUAUUGCAUCAUGGUGCUGCUUUAGCACUAGAAUACUGCCUUGCGUUGCUGCUGAAAUGUUGUAUGUCUUGGCUUAGUUUUGGUUCAUUUUCUACUGCUCUUUUGCCAUAAAUUUUGUUGUUUUCUGCACUGUUUUAACCCCAAAAAAUUUUCAUUUUCCUGCACUUCCCUUUGUUGUUUUCUGCAUUGUUUUAACCUUGAAAAUUCUGCAUUUUCCUGCACUUGCAUUUGUUGUUUUCUGCAUUGUUUUAACCCAGAAAAUUAUGCAUUUUCUUGCACUUUCCCUUGUUUUUCCUACAUUGUUUAACCCAAAAAAUUCUACAUUUUUCUUCAUUUUCUUUGUUGUUUUCUGCACUGUCUUCCCCAGAAUUUCCUACCCUUUUUACCAAAAUUUUGCUGCUCCUUGUCGAAAAUAUUUUGGAAUGUCUGCUGUCAUAUUUGGAACUUUUUUUAAUAUGGCUAUGCAUGUGAAUUAAUAUACAUAUGCUAGUAAGGUUUUGUGGGUGGAAAUGGCAAGAGAAGUUAGGGAGAAAUUGUUCCCUUGGGUUAGAACUUGGUGUUAGAAUUAAAGAUCAAUCUAGGUGAAUGAGGCAUGUUAUGAUCUCAGACACCUUCGCUUCCUUGAGACUUGAAUUCUAGCUUAUGGUAUAGUGACAUUGAGAGGUAACUAAAUUUAUGAUUCGUCCUUGAUUUUAAAAUGUACUGAGACUCAAGAUGUGGGAAACCAAGGGGAGUGACGAGUUAGAAGGCUAGCCUUUUGCAUUUUGGAUUUAGUUCGUUUUGGAAUUUGGCCACUAGAUGAAUUAUUUUGAACUUAACUCAUUUUGGACAUAGAUUUAUUUUGAGAUAUUUGAUUUAAGUUAUUGGAUUGUCAGAUGUGAAUUAAACAAGUUUUGAGCCUUGUGCAUUUGUGGGAUUCUCGCACAAGUGUACGGCCUUUAUUCUGCUCUCGGUUUUGGGGCGUGACACUCAAAAUGGCUAGGGUUAAACAAACAAGUAAGUUCUAA